UGAGAUUUCAGUGAACACCCACGAGAUGAUUCAACUACUGUACAUUUUCAUCGGUAAAGUUACCGCAAGAAACUGCGACAAAAAUGUGUAGAUUACAUUUAACGCAAACUCUCAUGUGUUAAUCUUCAGUAUGAAUGAACAUGUUGCAGUGCAAUUGUCGUUGUGUGUAGAAAUGUGCAAUGUGUAGGAUGGAUCAGCAAUUUCCUCGAAAACAGACCCCAGAAAAGAGAUGAGAGCACAAGAAGAGUACCAAGAAGUUACCUAGCUUUACAUUAUAAUUUUUUGGCAUCAACUAGAAGCAGGACAUUUUUUUUAGUUCAAAAUGAAGAUCAAGUGGAUUAACUCGAAUUUGCUAACGCUAAAAUGCGUGCUAUUUUUGUUCUUUGGAGCCGUGGGAUCUCUACUGCCCUUUAUCCCUCUGCACAUGAACGCGCUCGGCCUCUCCAGAGAUGAGGCUGUUAUAGUGUCAGGUAUUGCCCCCCUCAUAGCCCUAAUUGGGCCCCUAGUAGCAGCCCCAUUAGCUGAUCGAUUAGCAGGUGGCUUUGGAGGAGCGCCUCGCAGUAAAACUGGCCGAUAUCUGCGAGUUAUGAUUGGAACAUGUUGUGUUUUAGCCACGAUCUUUUACUGGCUGCUAACGCUAAUUCCGCCGAUAAUGAGGAGUCCUCCUAACGUGUCGUUCAUGUGCGAUGAGGCUGGAGGAUUUAUUUUACAAGACAGGUGCGGAGCGGAAAGGACGUGUUACAAUUGGGGCUCAGGGAAAGGCUCUGUUCUAGUCAAAAACUGUAUUUUCUCUUGUAACGCCACCUCAGCUUACAAAGGUGAGUCGAGCACAUCGCCACCUGUUGAGGAAGUAAGCGCAGAAUAUGGUGAGGAUUACUAUGACGCUGGCACAUACAUCAUCAAUGAACCAGAAGGCGUGGCACCUCCACAAACCCCAGCAGAAUACAUCCAAGAACCCUACCCUCAUAUGUGCUUCAAGAAUGCAAGCGGAAGCACAAUUUGUGAAGUAUACACUGAGUACUAUUCGAUAAAACUGAACUUGGGACUGCUUCCUAGUGCCCCAAAUCAGCAAAAUGAGACUGACGACACGUGCAAAUAUCCAUUUGCUGAGCCGUUUGCCUGUCGAAUGCCCUCCAAAAAAGUUGAGGAACUAAAGAAAGAGUUUGGCAGCGAUGACUGUAACCCAGUGGUGGUGUGCGAAAUUCUGGAUCCUUACAAUAACACUGAUUCUCUCUUGAAGCGCUCCCAAUGUGGAUAUGACAACAUUAGCUUUUGGUUGUACCUGUUUAUAAAAUCGUUUGCUGAUAUCUUCAUAGCAGCAGCUGUAGCUCUAAUAGGGACAGCUGUAGUGAUCGCUACAAGAGAAACAUCUACAGGUCGUGGGGAUAUAGGCAAACAAUUUGCUUGCGGAGUGGCAGGAUUCGGACUGUUUGCCCCCAUUAUUGGUGGUUGCGCCGAUGGUCGCUUUUUCGAGGGAAUUAUUUGUUUCACCGUCUUGAUGGUGCUGGCUGUUAUUAUUUUGCUGGCUGAUGAAAAAAUGCCUCUAAGUCCUCCUGAGUGGUGGUGGCACACCCGCUGCGGCUUACUGGCGCUUCCGAUGUCUUCAGUCAGAAAGUAUGGACUGGAAACGGCAGCACUGGGCAUCAUUCUUUUGCUGUUGGGGGUGUUUUGGAAUUCUAUUGAUUCCUUCUUGCCCUGGCAUGUGGCCAAAUUACCGGAAGGCAGUUCAUUGAUCAUAGGACUGGCAGUUACUGUCGGCGCCAUUCCAGCGGUUGUUUUCCUAAUAUUCGCCGAAGUUAUUGUGGAUUAUUGCGGUCAUUCCAAUAUCCUCAUAUUUUGCUUCGUCAACUACAUAUGUCACCAUUUGACUCUAAUAUGUAUAGAAAACGCCACCCUUCUAUUCUUGUGCGAGUUUUUGGAGAUUUUCACACUCCAUGUGAUGUACGUAACUGCCGUUCUUUACCUGAGGCAUUUGGUGCCUCGCAAGUUAACAGCCUGUGGCCAAGCUCUGCCUGUAGUGGCGCAUUUCUGCUUAGGUCGUUGCAUAGGUGCAUUCCUCGGAGGGAUAGCUUACGAUGAGUACCCAGCCAACUUUAACCGAGUACACCAAUGGUUUACUGUAGCUGCUGCGGUUGUAGCCUUCAUUUACUACAUUGCUUAUCAUUUUUAUUUGAAACCGAAAUGCGGAGCACCCGUCCAUUUACCACCCGAUCCGGCCCCUGCUGUUGUUCAAAGCAUGAACGGAAACGGUUCCUACACACCACUCAGGGUAUACCACAACAGCAAAUCAAAGAAAGGACAUUUUAGAUAUUAAGACGUGUUAUAUUUAUUAUAGCUUUUAAGCACACAAAUAAUCUCUAUCCCGUCUGGCAAAUGUUGAAGCUUUACUUUUGGUUGGUUAAUUUAUUUGUGUUAUUGGCAACUGGUAACGACUCGAAUAUAAAUCAGCAAACUGUACAUAAUGUUGCGUUUUGCUAUAUUAUACAACUUGCUUGGGCUUAUUUACGUCGAGAGACUAAAUCAAAUUACGAAAGACAAGUGUUCAAAAUGGGAAAAAAUGUAAUGACUUGUUUAGACAUUUUGAUUUUAAUUGUUAUUUUAGAUGUAAAUAGUUUUAUUUUUAUGUGUCGUUUAAUUUUUACACUCUGUGCAGCUUUAAGACGAUUAAUUUUUUAUUACAUGUAUGUGAAAAGAUAUAUAUUUUUUGUAGAGUAACUUAAAGUUUAUUAAGCUUUUUAAAAUCAAAAUAAAAUUAAGUAACCGAUUAAGGACAUUGCUCUGUUACAUAACGCUUUCUAACACCAAUUUUUGCAAUAACAUCAAUUGAAUUUUUAAGAGGUCUUUUAGCUAUAUUGUGAUUGAAUUCCAAUGAAUCUACUCUAUUUCUAUGCUAUCUGUUCUAUUUCCGAAUUCGAAUGUGUUCAAUAAAGUCAAAUUUACACCUGAAAAA